AUGCUCCAGCUAGCUUUUAUUUCAACGCUUUUCGCGUAUGUUUUCUGUCAAGCUCUCAGCGUGGAACAGUAUAAUAUCUUCAUGGCUGUUGCGAAAGAUCGUCAACAAAUGAAUCAGAUGGCAAUGAUGGCAAUGGAAUUGGGAUUGGCUGGUCUUCAAGCAAGCAACGAUGUUUCCAUCACUGGAAUGCUGAAUGCAUUGACACAAACAAACCUCGCCAACCCAACUCUAACAGGAUCUACUGUCAUCAAUCCAUUGACUCAGGCCAUUUUAACGAAUCCAACUCUGCUUGGACUUCAGAACACAGGUGUAAUCAAUCCUUUGGGUCAGACAACCUUGACGAAUCCAACUCUGACCGGAUACCAGAACACUGGAAUUAUCACUGCGUUGAGCCAGACUGGUUUCCCCUACUCGACUCUGGCCAGAUUGCAGAACAAAGGUCUAAUCAAUCCAUUCACUCAGAUGGGUUUAACCUUCCCGACUCUAACCGGAUACCAGAAUACAGCAGCCGUCAACCCAGCUCUAACCGGAUAUCAAAGUCUUGGAAGCCUCAAUCCAUUCACUCAGACCGCUUUCACCUAUCCAGUCUCAACCGAUUACUCGACCGGUUUCAUCACUCCGCUAAACCAGAUUUCCCUUCUUAACCCGAGCCUCACCUCGGGUCUCAGCGCCUAUUCCGGUGUGAGUGGAGUCAAUGGAUUGAAUGGUCUUUAUGGAAAUCUUGGCUCCUAUUCGACUCUGACUGGAAUUGUCGGCAAAAGAAGA